UGCGGGAGCGGCGCUGGGGCGAGCGCGGCGCCCGUUCCUCCCGGCGCGGCCUCGCUCUCCUCCCUCCCCUUUCUCCCCUCCCUCGCCCUUCCCGCUCCAUUCCCGGCGGCGGGGGGGGUCUCCCGGCCUCGCUGGAGGCGGCGAUGGGGAUGGCCGGGUUUUUCUCGCUGCGCUGCCGCGCCGGCUGCUGACCCCGCAGCGCCCGCGUCCCGCGGCCAGCCCGCGCCAGAAAACACCAACAAGAAGGAUAACUUGAAAGGCUCUUGAUCACUUUGAAUUCCUUGACUGUACUACAAGCAGCCAGGAUGUCGGGGGCUUCCGUGAAGGUGGCUGUUCGGGUGCGGCCUUUCAAUUCCCGAGAAACCAGCAAAGAGUCCAAAUGCAUCAUCCAGAUGCAAGGCAAUUCAACCAGUAUUAUCAACCCAAAGAAUCCUAAGGAAGCACCAAAGUCCUUCAGCUUUGACUACUCUUACUGGUCCCACACAUCGCCUGAAGAUCCCUGCUUUGCAUCUCAGAGCCGUGUGUACAAUGAUAUUGGGAAGGAGAUGCUCCUGCAUGCCUUUGAGGGCUACAACGUGUGCAUCUUUGCCUAUGGCCAGACUGGAGCUGGGAAAUCCUACACCAUGAUGGGCAAGCAGGAGGAGAGCCAAGCAGGCAUCAUUCCCCAGCUAUGUGAAGAGCUGUUUGAGAAAAUCAAUGACAACAGCAAUGAGGAAAUGUCAUAUUCUGUAGAGGUGAGUUACAUGGAGAUUUACUGUGAGAGAGUCAGAGACUUGUUGAACCCGAAGAACAAAGGGAAUUUGCGGGUGCGAGAACAUCCUCUCCUUGGACCCUAUGUGGAAGAUCUGUCCAAGUUAGCAGUCACAUCUUACACAGACAUUGCAGACCUCAUGGAUGCUGGGAACAAAGCCAGAACUGUGGCAGCCACCAACAUGAAUGAAACCAGCAGCCGCUCUCAUGCUGUGUUUACAAUUGUCUUUACUCAGAAGAAACAUGACACAGAAACUGACCUUUCCACAGAGAAGGUCAGCAAGAUCAGCCUUGUGGAUCUGGCUGGGAGUGAGCGAGCUGACUCCACCGGUGCCAAAGGAACCCGCUUAAAGGAAGGAGCAAAUAUAAACAAGUCUCUCACAACUCUGGGCAAAGUUAUUUCAGCAUUAGCUGAAGUGAGCAAAAAGAAGAAGAAGACAGACUUUAUACCCUACAGGGAUUCUGUACUAACGUGGCUUCUUCGAGAAAAUCUAGGUGGUAACUCCAGAACUGCAAUGGUUGCUGCUCUCAGCCCAGCAGAUAUCAACUACGAUGAAACUUUGAGCACUUUAAGAUACGCUGAUCGUGCAAAGCAGAUUAAAUGCAAUGCUGUUAUCAAUGAAGAUCCCAACGCCAAGCUGGUGCGGGAGCUGAAAGAGGAGGUGACAAGGCUCAAGGAUCUCCUGCGUGCUCAAGGGCUGGGAGAUAUUAUUGACAUUGAUCCAAUGGGAGAUGAAUACUCUGGAAGUGGAGGCAAAUAUCUGAAAGAUUUUCAGAACAAUAAGCAUAGAUACUUGCUAGCCACCGAGAAUCAACGUCCUGGCAAUUUUUCCACAGCCUCCAUGGGGUCCCUCACUGCAUCUCCAUCCUCCUGCUCUCUCAGUAGUCAGGUGGGCUUAACAUCUGUGUCCAGUAUACAGGAAAGAAUCAUGUCAACACCUGGAGGAGAAGAGGCCAUUGAGCGUUUGAAGGAAUCUGAGAAGAUCAUUGCAGAGCUGAAUGAAACAUGGGAAGAGAAACUGAGGAAAACAGAGGCCAUUAGGAUGGAAAGGGAGGCACUGUUGGCAGAAAUGGGAGUUGCCAUUCGGGAAGAUGGAGGAACACUGGGAGUCUUCUCACCCAAAAAGACUCCUCAUCUUGUAAAUCUAAAUGAAGAUCCACUCAUGUCUGAAUGUCUGCUGUACUACAUCAAGGAUGGCAUUACAAGGGUUGGGCAGGCUGACGCCGAGCGCAGGCAGGACAUUGUGCUGAGCGGGGCUCACAUCAAGGAGGAGCACUGCGUCUUCCGCAGCGAGAGGAACAACAACGGCGAAGUUAUUGUUACUUUGGAGCCUUGUGAACGAUCAGAAACCUACGUGAAUGGCAAGAGGGUUGUGCAGCCUGUUCAGUUGCGCUCAGGAAAUCGUAUCAUCAUGGGUAAAAAUCAUGUCUUCAGAUUCAACCACCCAGAGCAAGCACGAGCAGAAAGAGAGAAAACACCAUCAGCUGAGACUCCCUCAGAGCCAGUUGAUUGGACAUUUGCUCAGAGGGAGCUUCUGGAGAAGCAGGGCAUUGACAUGAAGCAAGAGAUGGAGAAAAGAUUACAAGAAAUGGAGAUCUUAUAUAAGAAAGAGAAGGAGGAAGCUGAUCUCUUAUUGGAGCAGCAAAGACUGGACUAUGAGAGUAAGCUGCAGGCCCUCCAGAAGCAGGUAGAGACACGGUCCUUGGCAGCUGAGACAACGGAGGAGGAGGAGGAGGAGGAGGAGGAAGUGCCCUGGACACGCCAUGAGUAUGAACUCGCCCAGUGGGCUUUCAGGAAGUGGAAAUUCCACCAGUUCACUUCACUGAGGGACCAGCUCUGGGGAAAUGCAGUGUAUCUGAAGGAAGCCAAUGCAAUCAGUGUAGAGUUAAAGAAAAAGGUGCAGUUCCAGUUUGUCCUGCUCACGGACACCCUGUACUCGCCCCUGCCCCCGGAGCUGCUGCCCGCGGAGCCGGAGAAGAGCCGGGACCGCCGGCCGUUCCCCCGCACCGUGGUGGCUGUGGAAGUGCAGGACCUGAAGAACGGAGCAACACAUUACUGGUCCUUAGAAAAACUCAAGCAGAGGCUGGAGCUGAUGCGGGAGAUGUACGACCGGGCGGGGGAAGUGGCCUCCAGCAGCCAGGAGGAGCCCGAGGGCUCCAUGACGGGCAGCGACCCCUUCUACGACCGCUUCCACUGGUUCAAGCUCGUGGGCAGCUCCCCCAUAUUCCAUGGCUGCGUCAACGAGCGCCUGGCCGAUCGCACGCCCUCCCCCACUUUCUCCACGGCCGACUCCGACAUCACUGAGCUGGCAGAUGAGCAGCAGGAUGAGAUGGAGGACUUUGAUGAUGAGGCCUUUGUGGAUGACACUGGCUCCGACGUUGGGACUGAGGAGGGAUCAGACCUCUUCAAUGAUGGGCGCGACCCGUUUUACGACCGAUCCCCUUGGUUCAUUUUAGUGGGAAGAGCGUUCGUGUACCUGAGCAACCUGCUGUACCCAGUGCCCCUGAUCCACAGGGUGGCCGUGGUCAGCGAGAAGGGCGACGUGCGCGGCUUCCUGCGCGUGGCUGUGCAGGCCAUAGCAGCUGAUGAAGAAGCCCCAGAUUAUGGCUCUGGUAUUCGACAGUCUGGGACAGCUAAAAUUUCAUUUGACAAUGAGUAUUUUGAUAAGAGUGAUUUUUCUUCAGUUGCGAUGACUCGGUCUGGACUGUCACUGGAGGAGUUAAGAAUUGUGGAAGGGCAAGGACAGAAUUCAGAGGUUACCACUCCUCCAGAGGAGAUCAACAGAAUGAAUGAGCUGGACUUGAAGUCAGCCACUUUGGAUGGAAAGAUGACCAUGGAAGGAUUCACUGAGGAGAUUGGUGAUCACCUGAAGCUGGGCAGUGUGUUCACCUUCCGUGUGACAGUGCUCCAGGCCAGUGGCAUCCUACCUGAAUAUGCAGAUAUUUUCUGCCAGUUCAACUUUUUACAUCGACAUGAUGAAGCUUUCUCAACAGAACCUCUGAAAAACAAUGGCCGAGGGACUCCCCUUGGGUUUUACCAUGUUCAGAAUAUUGCUGUGGAAGUGACAGAAUCAUUUGUGGAGUACAUCAAAACUAAGCCUAUUGUCUUUGAAGUCUUUGGACAUUAUCAGCAGCAUCCUCUCCACCUGCAAGGACAGGAUCUCAACAGCCCUCCACAGCCUUCUCGAAGAUUCUUUCCUCCCCCUAUGCCACUGUCAAAGCCAGACCAUGAAAGGAAAAUUGAGUUGAUUAGGUACCUUAUGUCUGGCUAUGUAAACGUGCAUGUGCUGAACACGCUCUCUGAGCAUGCCAACGUGCUGGCCUCCUCUGCUGUGGCUGCUUUCCAGGAUGGAGCUGACCAGCUGCCACCUUUUCUCUUUCUGCCUGUUCCCAGUUGUCAGAGCGAGCGGGCUCCUAAACGAGAUGUGCCAGCUACAAAGCUGAAUACUAUGAGCAAGCCGAGCUUGGGUCAGAGUGUGAGCAAAUACGACCUCCUUGUGUGGUUUGAGAUCAGUGAACUGGAGCCAACAGGGGAGUACAUCCCUGCUAUUGUGGAUCACACCGGGGGCCUGCCCUGCCAGGGGACCUUUCUGCUGCACCAGGGUAUCCAGCGGAGAAUCACAGUCACCAUUAUCCACGAGAAGGGCAGUGAGCUGCACUGGAAAGAUGUGCGAGAGCUGGUGGUUGGGCGUAUAAGAAAUAAAGCAGAGGUAGAUGAAGCUGCUGUUGAUGCCAUUCUGUCUUUGAAUAUUAUCUCUGCAAAAUACCUGAAGUCCUCUCACAGCUCCAACAGGACUUUCUACCGGUUCGAGGCAGUUUGGGACAGUUCCUUGCACAACUCCCUCCUCCUCAACCGAGUGACACCAUAUGGUGAGAAGAUCUACAUGACCCUUUCUGCCUACCUGGAGCUUGACCACUGCAUCCAGCCUGCUGUGAUCACAAAGGAUGUUUGUAUGGUGUUUUACUCCCGAGAUGCCAAGAUCUCCCCACCGCGCUCCCUGCGCAACCUCUUUGGCAGCGGCUACUCCAAAUCCCCGGACUCCAAUCGAGUAACUGGGAUCUAUGAACUGAGUUUAUGCAAAAUGGCAGACACAGGAAGUCCAGGAAUGCAGAGGAGGAGGAGGAAAGUUCUGGAUACUUCUGUGGCAUAUGUGAGGGGAGAAGAGAACCUGGCAGGUUGGAGGCCCAGGGGUGACAGCCUCAUUCUAGAGCAUCAGUGGGAACUGGAGAAACUGGAGCUGCUGCAUGAGGUGGAAAAAACCCGACAUUUUCUUCUGCUUCGUGAGAAGCUUGGUGACAGCAUCCCCAAGUCCCUGAGUGACUCCUUGUCUCCCAGUCUGAGCAGUGGAACCCUCAGCACCUCCACCAGCAUUUCCUCUCAGAUUUCAACCACGACCUUCGAGAGCGCGGUGACGCCCAGCGAGAGCAGUGGCUACGACUCCGCGGACAUCGAGAGCCUGGUGGACCGGGAGAAGGAGCUGGCCACCAAGUGUCUGCAGCUUCUUACUCAUACCUUCAAUCGGGAAUUCAACCAGGUGUACAACAGCAUCAGCGAUUGUAAGCUCUCGGACAUUUCUCCCAUUGGGAGGGACCCGUCCGUGUCCAGUUUCAGCAGUGCAACCCUCACCCCUUCAUCCACCUGCCCUUCCCUGGUGGAUUCCAGGUGCAGUUCAGUUGAUCAGAAGACACCAGAAGCAAAUUCUCGUGCCUCCAGUCCCUGUCAUGAGGUGGAACAGUUCCAGAUAAUUCCUGCAGUAGAAACUUCCUACCUUGCCAGAGCUGGAAAGAACGAGUUCCUAAACCUCGUUCCUGAUAUUGAGGAAAUCAGACCAGGCUCCGUGGUGUCAAAGAAAGGAUACCUGCACUUCAAAGAGCCACUCUCCAGCUCCUGGGCCAAGCAUUUUGUGGUGGUUCGCCGUCCCUAUGUUUUUAUUUACAACAGUGACAAAGAUCCUGUAGAAAGAGGAAUCAUAAACUUAUCCACAGCUCAGGUGGAAUACAGUGAGGAUCAACAGGCAAUGGUAAAGACACCCAACACGUUUGGAGUGUGCACGAAGCACCGUGGAGUCCUGCUCCAGGCCAUCAAUGACAAGGACAUGAAUGACUGGUUAUACGCCUUCAAUCCUCUCCUUGCUGGCACAAUUCGGUCAAAACUGGCUCGAAGACGCACGGGCCAGAUGAAAUACUGAGUCCAUGUAAUGUUCUCAUCUGUUCUCCCCACUCACCUUCCCAUAGAUAGUGUUACCUCUCAUUUUCUCUUUGUGGUUCUUGACGGUUUCUCUUGUAUGUAAUCCUGUGGCUUAACAUCCCCCACCUUCCCCACUCCUUCAGCACAUUUUCUAGGUAUUCUAACCCUUCCUUGUUUCUUUUCACCUGUACCAGAAUUGUACUAGUAGCAUGUGGCCAAACAAAAAGAGAAAGAAAAAAAAAAUCAAAAAAAUUGAGUGAUUAUGCACGACUCUAAAAAGAAAAAAAAAAAAGAUUUUUUUUUCUAUAACAAUUGUUUUCUCAUUUCAAUUGACCUUUGGUGUCUGUCCCACUGUCCACUGUCUGUCUAGACUGCUACAGGGUUUUCAUUCAAUUUGUGACUUGGCAGUGGUCAUUGGUUCCCUCAGGGCAAAGUUCCAAUGCCAGGGAAAGAUAAAUUGUUUAAUGGAGACAUUUCCCAGCCAAGAACUGCAGUAGCUCCUCAGGCUUUCUGGAUCCAGCCUCGAAGUUAAACUCUGUUGAAAGCUGAUAUUGGACCAGUCUAUCUGGACAGACUGGAUUUUGGACUUUGUGCAGGUUUCUGAGUUUCCAGGGUCCAGCAGGGUAAGGCAUGAGCUAGAAAAAGUUAGGGAACAAACCAGGAGGGGCUGGCUAGAACAAUCUGCCUUUAAACUCUUGCUGUGGGGUUUGCAGGUGAACAGUGCUUGGGUUUAACUCUCCCAGAAGAAUUUCCAUCAACACUCACUCCUCAGCCUCUGAACUGAGCUGAGUAGACUGUGCUGAUAUGAGGGAAAAUAGACCAUAUAUGAAAAAUGAGAUAAAAUCCCAGAAGCUUCAGAUGCUCAAGCUGUGUAUUUGACAGCUGGAGAGUGUUAAAUGGAAAUGAAAGUGCAGUUGGUCCCUGGAUCACCAUGGAGGGUAGAUCCCCACUUCCUGCUUUUAUUCCUGACUCCCCAGUUCUGCAGGAGCAGUUCUCAGCUCUCUGGGAAGGGUUUGGGACUCCCAUGGCUGUGGGAUGUUUGUGCAUCCCUUCCCUGCACUGCUCCCGUGUCACCCCCCUGUCCAUGGGAGCAUCCAAGGUCUGUGGAACACUUCCAGGCCCAGCACCUGCAGUGUUCUCCAGGGAGCUGCAGGACACUUCAAAUUCCCUUUGAAAUAACUGCUGAGUGUCUCCUAAUUUCCCUGCUGCGAUUCCCAUCAGCUAAACCCCAUUGUACUCAGAGUUAAUCCUUCCUGGGGAAUAGAGCAAGUGGGUUCUGGUCCUGCUCAGUGGAAUGUCAUAAUUGGCUUCUUGGACAUCAGCUGGGUGGUGUCAGUUCUUGACCUACAGUGUAAGUUCUGGUGGCCAAAGCUUUGGUCCUUGCCUCAAGAAAGAAGAGCAGAAUGAAUUUCCUUUCGGGGAAGUGAACUCCCCUCUCUCUGUCAGGUGUUAGGGAGGUUGGGGAUGUGUGUGUCCUUUCCCAUUGUGUUAUCCCUUCUGGCUGUACCUGGGGCAUUGGUAGGGCUGGCUCUGAUCCUGGGCAGUGUAAAGGGAUUUCAUCUGGAGGCUCCAGGCUCCCAGGGGAGAGGGAACAGGGUUUGUGUUAAAGGAUUUCAUCUGGAGGCUCCCAGGGGAGAGGGGACAGGGUUUGUCCCACUCUUGCAGGAGGCUCACCAGGCACAGUCCAGCUCAGGAAGCUCAUUUGGGUUCAGGUCACUUCAGGCCGUGCUCCGGAGUGCGUGGGACUGGAAUCUGUUGAGAAAGAUCUUUCUUUGCUCUGUGGGUUUCAUUGUUCAGGAAAGUGCAGUGCACAAUGAGACCUCCUAACAGCCUGGAAAGCAAAGGAGCAGGGGGCUGGGGUCUGACACUUGCUAGGACAUAUCUUUACAUAUCUCGAGGUAGUUCUCAAGCUAAAUCAUAUGCUCAUGCUGUCUCUGUGGUCCUCAGAUUGAUUUCAGAACUGGAAACCAGAGUGAGGGAGCAUCCUGGGGACCCAGGAACAUGAUAGGGAUGGGAUUUUUCGGUUUUUUGUUUUUUCCUUCUGUUUUUGUCUUGUUUAACUGUGUGUGACUCUUAAUACAGUGAUGAUAUUCCUUUGUUAUGCAAUGAUGAUAAAGCACUUCCAGUGUGUGGAUAAAACUGCUUGUCCUGCAGGAGGGCUCCUCACACUGCAGCUGAGCUGCUCUCAAGAAUUAGGUUAAUUCCAAGCAUUAAGUUAUCGCUGCCAUCACCGCUGUUUAUAAUGACAGUGGAACCUGUUUGAGGAGGCAGGGUGGUUGAGGUGGUGGUAGGUUGUGACACACUGACAGCAUUUUAACUUUUAUCUGUUUCUUUUUUUAACUAGAAGAAAACUAGUUUCCUAAGUCUUUGCUUUGGAUAAGCCAGAGAAUGAACUGAGUGGAUAUAGGCAUUGCACAAAAUCAUGAUUAAGGGAUCAUCUUUAAAAGCAGGAAGAGACAGGUGCUUAUUUUAUACAGAGCUUGAAGUGUUACAGUUGCAUAAAUGUCACUCCUCUGUCUUAAAACUCCAAGCAGUUUCUGGUGACUAGAGGUCUGAGUGGAUAACUGAUCAUCAGAAGAUCUGGUUUUAAGCAUCAGCAUCUCUUAAAGCUGCAUAAUCUGUGACAGAUCAGGUCCCUGUUGUGUGGAGUUCAAAUGGGCAUUACUGGUUUCAGGUCUGACACAAAGGCAGACAAAGUUCUUCUGCAAUUACUGAAGCCUGCUCUGAGACAUUUGGGUUUCCCUACUUGAAGAAACCAAUCCAAGUUUUCUUUAAAGGUAUAACAAAUAAAUAAACAAAACAAAACCCCUGAAUUUUCAUUCACUUCAAAGCUUAGCCUAACGUGUUAGAAACUUAUUUUUGUAAACAGAAUGAGGAAGGAAAAAUAAGCUCAGCUGCCUUCUCCUGACACUAGGAAGCCAUUCUUGGUCGCCUGCUGUGUGUGGAGUCCCAGAGUCAGACAGCUCUGGGGACUCAGCCUCUGUAGAUGGGGCACUGUGGACCUGCCAGCCUGCGGGGACACACAACAGCAGGGAGCGUGGGGGGCAUUCCCUGAGUGUCAGACUCCGCUGCACUUGGGUUUCAUCUUCCUCUCCAAAAGGAAGGAGAAAACUCUUCUUUUUGUCCAUUGAAAAUUAUGUUGGAUCUUCCUGGGUAUUUUAAAAUUAAGCAAAACCUUUCCUGUGUUUUAGAAAUGCACUUUAAGUAUCUUUUUAAAGACGAUUCCUGUAUUCUGGGAAUACAGAAGAGAAGGGAGUUCUGUUUCCAGAGUAUGAUUUCCAGGCUGCCGAGAAAAGGUUUUUUUGGUCAAUGUCUAAUAGUCCUUAUUACUGAUUAGAAUGGUAUUUCAAAGCAAAGACUUUACUUUUUGCUGCUUGUUAUCUAAUUUACAGGGAUUUAAUUUUAUGUAAUGUAUUGUAUAUUUAUACAUCUGUAAUUAAUUGCACAUUAGAUAGGAAAGAGGAUUAGGUUUGGUGUAACACCCAGCAGUACUAAAGCGCCUGUGCACGUGCAUCUGCCUGUGCUCCUGCACACCUGAGCUGCUGGGAGCUGAUGCUGUGCUGGGGGUUCUGCUGCAGAUGCAGCUGUUGACCUGCUGGGGCAGGAAGGCUUUGCUGCUGUCCCUGCAGUGUGUGUUGCAUCUCUCCGUUGUAGUUACUAACCCAGUCUGUGGUCUGGCUGUAGUGUCUGUAGCAGGGUGUAUUAACUUCGUGCUUCCUUGUUUAAAAACAUCAGCUCUUCAAGAACAGGACUGACUUUUGUUCAGAAGGCCAUUUAUGUGUUCUGUGUAUCUGAAAUCAAAACUAGUCCAACACUAACCAGAUGAUUGUGUCCAAUGUUAUUGGGAACAGGAUUUAAAUUGCUGGGAUCAGCUGUGUAUUCAGAAAACUGGUGUGGAGCUCCUAAGUCUUCAGUUCUUAAUGUUGCCAAGUGAAUGGGCUGCCCCUGAGCAGUGCUGAAUUUUCCUCUUGUUCACCUGGAAACAAGGGACUGGAAGCAGAGGGAGUCUUGAAUGAUCAGCACUUCCCAGGAUCAGGUCUGAAUUUUCCCCUUUGCUCGUUCAUACUUCAUGUGCAGUUGGUUCUGGCUCCUGAAUUUGGACAUUAGACAUGCUGUUCACUGAAAUACAUCCCUUGGAAUUGCGGUCCCCAUGUCCCUGUUAAUCUCUCUGUACACAAGGUAAAUGCUGAAUAAGUGGCCUUCUUGAACAAAUCUCUUUGCAAACUGAUUUCAUCCCAGCGAAGGAGUGUAUCAGCAACACUGUACAUUAAUUUCAGGUUUUCAUUUUCUUAUUUUAUUUUGUAAAUAUAUCCGAUAUUUGGAGCUUGAGUAUACAAAAUGUAAAUAUAGUUCAUGUAUUUGUACUAAUUCUGAUCCAUUUGCUGUAUAGCCUUAGGUGUGCAAUGCAGAUAUCUAACUGUGUAUGGUAACCUUGCACCACUGAAUUGUUAGUGAACGAGGUGAAACAAUAAAGGUACAACCAGUGCAUUAGCAGAUAGAA